UGUCAGGCGGGCGGCGGCAGCGGCCGCUCUGCGCAGAGGAGGCGCGGGGGCAGCGCUGAGCCGGGCGGUCGGGGGAGCCCGUCGCGGCUGUGGGCUGGGUUGAAUCAGCCCUUGUUCUUGAGUCCUUGGUCGUGCUGCUUUGUCGGAAUUGACUGCAUGUGUUUAGAUAUUUGCCUCCAGAUCUUCUGUCGAGGAUGUUCCUGCUGAAGAGCAGUGGCCUCUGAGGAAAAACACUCCUCAAGCAGAAUCUCAGCUGUGACAAACUACUGAGAGUGGUGCCAGAGAAACUAUGCAAGCAGGUUUUGUGGUCCUGGAGUAAACAUGAUGAAAACAGAGUCUUCAGGAGAAAGAUCAACCCUCCGAAGUGCCUCUCCUCACAGAAAUGCUUACAGAACUGAGUUCCAGGCGCUGAAAAGCACCUUUGACAAACCGAAAUCAGAUGGAGACCAAAAAGCGAAAGAGGAAGGAGAGGCCUCGCAGAGCAGGGGAAGGAAAUAUGGCUCAAAUGUCAAUCGGAUCAAGAACUUAUUUAUGCAGAUGGGCAUGGAGCCCACUGAAAGUGCUGGAGUUGCCCCUAAAACCAGGGGGAAGGGUGGCCCUACAUCACCUCAAAGACGAAUUAGGCCUAAAGAAUUUGUAGAAAAAGCAGAUGGUUCAAUUGUAAAAUUGGAAUCAUCUGUUUCAGAAAGGAUUAGUAGAUUUGAUACUAUCCAUGAUGGUCCUUCCUAUUCCAAGUUUACUGAAACUCGAAAGAUGUUUGAGCGAAAUGCUCAUGAAAUGGGACACUCAAAUCGCUAUUCCCCAAAGAAAGAGAAAAUCAUUUCCAACGAGCUUCCGGAUGAGUGGUGUAGCUCCAAGUCUCACAGAGGCAGCACUGAUUCACUGGACAGUCUUAGCCCAAGAACAGAGACCGUCUCUCCAACUGUGAGUCAGCUCAGCGCGGUUUUUGAAAACACCGACUCACACAAUGCAAUCGUUGUAGAAAAGUCAGAAAACAACGAAGAGUACUCUGUAACUGGUCACUAUCCACUAAACCUCUCAUCUAGUGUCACAAGUAUCUCCUCCCCAGUUGCAAACCUUGAGGGUUUCAGUCCUUUGAAAGAGGCUAGCACAUGGUCUCCCCCAGCCAAACAAAGUACAGGCGUGAUGUCUGCUGAGAAUUCUCAGCAAACUAACACACCUUCAACACCAAGACAGAAAGUGUCUACAGGCAUUUCAGCAGGUUCAAAAACAACUGAAGAAAUAAAGAAGAGGACAGAGGCAAGUGCUGAUUCUGUUGGGAGCUCUGCAACAGGUCAACAGGAUUUGGCCAGCGUGCUUGACAGUGAAAGACCUGUGGACCGCUGUUCUAGGAGUAAGUCAAAAACAGAGGCAGGAGUUUUGGUGCAACAAAAGGAACAGUCAGAAAAUACAGAAGGUAUCUUUGAUCGACCUGAAGCUGCAGAAUUAACCAGAAAUGUUGCUUCAGGUGGUGAUUUUGCCACGGAUGCGGUUUCAGAUACUACUGAGUCCCAUUAUGAUGAGACAAAUGAAAAAGAUGUGAAUGAAGAUGUGAUUAAUUUUCAGAGUUCCCACGUGUACAUGCACUCUGACUAUAAUGUGUAUCGGGUACGAUCCAGAUAUAAUUCUGACUGGGGAGAGACAGGUACAGAACAGGAUGAUUUAGAUGACAGUGAUGAAAAUAAUUGUUAUGAACCUGAUAUGGAAUAUUCUGAAAUUAAUGGACUGCCAGAUGAAGACGAAAUCCCAGCCAACAGAAAAAUACAGUUUAGCCGGGCUCCAAUUAAGGUUUUCAAUACAUACUCUAAUGAAGAUUAUGACAGGAGAAAUGAUGAAGUUGACCCAGUUGCUGCGUCUGCUGAAUAUGAACUCGAGAAGCGUGUGGAAAAGCUGGAGCUCUUCCCAGUCGAACUAGAAAAAGAUGAAGAUGGGCUUGGCAUAAGCAUUAUUGGAAUGGGAGUUGGAGCAGAUGCAGGUCUUGAAAAACUGGGAAUAUUUGUCAAAACAGUAACAGAAGGUGGGACAGCAGAAAGAGAUGGCAGGAUCCAAGUGAAUGACCAAAUUGUGGAAGUUGAUGGCAUCAGUCUGGUUGGUGUUACUCAAAAUUUUGCUGCAACUGUUCUUAGAAACACCAAAGAGAAAGUCAGGUUUGUAAUUGGACGAGAAAAACCGGGACAAGUGAGUGAGGUUGCGCAGCUGAUUAGCCAAACUCUAGAACAAGAACGCCGCCAGAGAGAGCUGCUGGAGCAGCAUUAUGCACAGUAUGAUGCAGAUGAUGAUGAGACAGGGGAAUAUGCUACAGAUGAAGAAGAUGAAGACAUGGGACCUGUCCUUCCAGGAGGUGACAUGGCUAUUGAAGUGUUCGAUCUCCCUGAAAAUGAUGAAAUGUUCUCCCCUAGUGAUGUGGACACCAGCAAACUUGCUCAUAAAUUCAAAGAGUUGCAAAUCAAACAUGCAGUUACAGAAGCUGAAAUUCAGAAGCUGAAGACAAAGCUGCAGGCUGCUGAGAAUGAGAAGGUGAGGUGGGAAUUGGAGAAGACCCAACUCCAGCAGAACAUUGAGGAGAAUAAGGAAAGGAUGAUGAAAUUAGAGAGUUACUGGAUUGAGGCACAAACCCUCUGUCACACGGUGAAUGAACAUCUCAAGGAGACGCAAAGCCAGUAUCAGGCUCUGGAGAAGAAAUAUAACAAGGCAAAGAAAUUAAUCAAGGAUUUUCAGCAAAAAGAACUUGACUUCAUCAAACGCCAGGAAGCUGAACGAAAGAAAAUAGAAGAUUUGGAGAAAGCACACCUUGCAGAGGUUCAAGGCUUACAAGCUCGUAUACAAGACUUGGAAGCAGAAGUUUUCAGGCUAAUGAAGCAAAAUGGGAGCCAGGUUAACAAUAACAACAACAUUUUUGAAAGGCAGACAUCUUUUGGAGAAGUUUCUAGAGGAGAUCCAGUGGAAAAUAUAGAUACUAAGCAAGUAACCUGCCUGGAUGGCUUAAGUCAAGAUUUCAAUGAAGCAGUUCCAGAAACAGAGAGACUGGACUCCAAAGCUCUGAAGACUCGAGCUCAGCUGUCAGUAAAGAACAAGAGGCAGAGGCCUUCCAGAACCAGACUGUACGACAGCAUCAGUUCAACUGAUGGAGAGGACAGCCUUGAACGAAAGCCAUCACACAGUUACAGUAGUCCCAUGCACAUUUCAAAAUCACCACUGCCCUUAUGCAUGAGAGCAUCCUCACCAGCAUCAGAUUCUGGUGCUUCCUCCCUCUCCCCCGUGGCUAGCAGUGCAGCAAUCUCACUUGACAACCUAACUGAAAACCAAGAAGAAGAACAGCACCACAAAGGAGGUGUCCUUUCCCCAUAUGCUUGGGGAGACACUCCACUUUCAUCUCCUUCAAAAUCUGGGCACAGCUCUGAAGCAUCUCCUUUGCAUCACCCAGCUGGCAGGAAUAUUUUACAGGAUAAAGAUGGUGCCACAUGUGCUCAGGCAGCAAGAACAACUAGCCCUACUAUAGGGCAUACAGAAAGACUAAAGCGAAAACUUGCAGAUCUUGGGGCUCCCUUGAGAAGGAAUUCAAACAAGGGCAAGAAGCGGAAAGAGAAAGAAGCUAUUAGGGUGACCUAUGGCAGUAGGACUGUCAGAGAGAUGCUGCAGAAAUCAUCAAACACAAAAUCUUUAGCAGAGCGAUCCUCCUCUCUCCCACACUGUGUACCAGUCACAUGGUAUGGAGAGAGUGGCAAGGGAUCCAAUUCUUCUAGCAACCUGCCAUCACCUACCAGCUCAACUGAACCCUCCUCUGAAAAUUUAAGUCCAGCUAAAAAAGGGUCAAAGAAUUUCACGUUCAAUGAUGAUUUCAGUCCCAGCAGCACAAGUUCAGCUGAUUUGAGUGGUUUAGGAGCAGAACCUAAAACCCCAGGCUUCUCACACUCCUUAGCAUUGUCGUCAGAUGAGAGCCUGGAUAUGAUUGAUGAUGAGAUCCUUGAUGAUGGACAAUCACCUAAGCACAGUCAUUGUCAGAGUCGUGCUGUUCAUGAGUGGAGUGUGCAGCAGGUUUCCCACUGGUUAAUGAGCCUGAACCUUGAACAGUAUGUUGCCGAAUUCAGUGCCCAAAAUAUUAAUGGGGAGCAUCUCCUUCAGCUGGAUGGGAGUAAGCUCAAGGCUCUUGGUAUGACAUCUUCCCAGGACAGAGCAAUCAUUAAAAAAAAGCUAAAGGAAAUGAAAGCAUCCUUGGAGAAGGCUCGCAAAGCUCAAGAGAAAAUGGAAAAGCAAAGGGAAAAGCUUCGGAAGAAGGAACAAGAGCAACUGCAGAGGAGAUCGAAGAAAACAGACAAGUGCUCAUCAGAUGCAACAGAGGGCACUAAUGAGCAGUGAUAAGGAGAAGUGCGGCUGUGUUCAGAAAGUGGAGGCACGUCAAGGGAAGAGGAACUCAUAUCCACUGGUGCCCCUUCAGCUUUGUUGUAUUCAUCACCCAAGAUCGUGUACAGAGAAAUGGGGCUAUACAUAGAAUGACUAGGGAAAUUUAUAUUGUGUAGCUUUCUUUUCCCGCAUAUCCAGUUCACGCUUGUUGUUGUUGCCACGUGAAACAACCCCAGCCCUUCGGUUUGUUUUGUUCUUGCUGACAGCUAACAGAUUUCAUAUUUGUGUGGUGGUGUUUCCUUCCAAACUACUCUUCUCUAUUGAGCUGUGUGUGUUUGGUCACUUCAAUAACCAGCAUGAUGCCAAGGAGCAUGGUCCAUUGCUUCACCUCUUCUGAAUAGGAUGGCCAGUCAAUAUAAUUGGUGAACAUUUCUUCAGCUGGGUAAAAGGAGUUGUGCUCUGUCUGAUAAGACUUGACUUCACUUUCUAACUGGAAGUUCACCUUCUUUACAGUGUUUGGAUACUCAGUUCCAUCUGCUGGAGUAAAUUUCAUCCUGUGUCAGUAACUUUAAGCGACACUGCUCGGGAAACACAACUGUUCAGUGACUUCUUAUACACUGGAGAUAAGACAGGAGAGUCAAUAUUCCCCCUGGGUAAAAGACAGGAGGUGAAACUCUUUCUGUUAACUGUACAAUAGUUAAUCCAGGAAGGAGGCAAAGCCUUAAAUGGUUAUGUGGGUUUACACAGAAAUCUGAGGAUAACAUUUAUCCUUUAGAUAUCUGAGCAAGGAUAAAUUUCUAACUAGAGCACAGCGUAUAUAUCUGUAUAAAUUUCAUUGUGCUCCCCGUGUGUAGGCAACUUUCUUAUAGCACACUCCACUUUCUUUUUCAUGUGUUUUGAACAGGAAACUAGGUUUAUUUUGUUUUGAGGUUUUGGGGUUUUUUUCUAGGAAAAACACCACAUCUUCAGAUUCAUUCUCCAACAAGCAUUGGAAGAAUAAGCUUUGUGCUCUGCUAUUAUGAAGCUGUUGUUAGAAACAAUUAUCCGACUUGAGUCUGCUAAAGAUUUCUAUUUUUUACAGAACUGCACUUUAAAAAGAGGAAAACGAGUGAUUCUGGUUAAAAUUAAAUUCAGUACAUUGCUUUUAAGGUCAGUGCUACCAUGGAGAUGAUGGUUACUAAGUCCAAAGCUCCCACAUUUUAACUGCUUUGAUUGAUGUGUUUAAAGAAUAUCCCCACCAAUACCUGUAUUUUGGGGCAUUGGCUGUAGAAUGCUGGCUUAGCAGUGGUCAUAUUAUAUCUUUCAGAGAUUCCCGUGGUGCGUGAGGCCAUCGGUGAAGCCUGCUUUGUAGUUUUGACUAUGACAAACAGAAGCAGUGUAGGGUGUUACUGCCUCUUAAGAGCAGUAUUAAACUAUACAGUAUUUCUUCAAAAGAAUGGGGAGACAACAGGCAAAUCACAAUGAGAAGCUGGGGGUAUUAGCUUUACAGUUGAAGCUAACGAUGUAGCAGUUGAGAAGCGCCACUUCCCAUUCAUGCAUCCUGGAAGUGGCAGUCUUCAUCUGGUUUUGCCAACCCAUAUAUUGUUUUAGAUGGUGAUGCAAAGUUAGAAUCUUGAACUUAAAAACAUACCAGCCUGAAAUUGCAAAUACCGAGUUCUUUUGAAGAAAAUGUCUGUUUUAGUUUGGCUUGGCUUCUCUUCUGCUCUCUGCAGCAUUCAGAUUUGUUUCUGCAAAGUUCUCUGAAGCUCAGGUUUGAAACACUUGGGGUGCACUGCUUAUAGUUACAUUUCUUUUGAUUCUAAUCAUUUCUUUGACAUAUAAAAUGGUCUAUAAACUGAGAGAGUGUAGUUCAUUUAAAAUUAAUACACAGCAGAUCUACUUAGCAUUAGCUUUAUUUUUCCUUCCAAAUCCAAUUUCUACAGGUUUUUGAUGUAUAUUUUAUUCAGCUCUAAAACUGAAAUUGCCAUAAAAGAUACUUUCUGAUAUUUCUGAAGGCUUGCAGUAUUUUUCUUGAGAUAGACCACUGGCAGAAAAAUACACCUGCUAACAAAAAUUACACAUUGCAGUAAAUCUUUCUGUGCUCUUUAUAGGAGAAAAAUUAUACAAAUGUUUAACAGCCUCAUAAAACUAGCAUUCUUUGAGUAAGAGAAGUUAUCUGGAAGAAACUGGAAAUUUAAUCUCUUAAAUACAAUGUUGAUAAAUGCAUUUGAUGAUGAUUUUCUUUUUAAGUUAUGUUUACACUGUAGUAAUGUUUAAGUGGUUGUAUAUAGUAAUCUCAGGUGGUGUCCCCAUUUUAUGUUCUUUGUUUUCUUAGAAACCUGAGCAGACUGCUUGACUGAGUUUUCAUUUUUGCUGCUUAGAACAGUGCCUAGUUAAUCUCUUUGUAAAUUGUGUUCUUAUUCUGCAGAAUAACUAAUUCGACUUAAGUCCUUUAAGUAUUCAGGGGAUUUUUACUGCUUUGUGAUAAUGUAAUUUUGUUAUUCUCAGACUACAAGAAACAAAAACAAAAACCCAACUUAAAAAAAUAGUAGCUUAAAUUUCAAAUAAAACUAUUAAAAUGCAUUUUGAUCAACAUGUGAAAACUAAGCAAACAGAACAAUGUCAAGAAUUUUGCUCUUCUUUCUGUGAUAAAAGAGAUUUAUGUGGUUCCUUUUAUUAAAUAUGGCAACUCGAUCUUGGGAUGCGUAGAAAUGUCACUGGAUAACAGACAUAAAGCAUAGUUUGAAACUU